CCUGUAAAAGGCUAAAAGCUUCCCCAGUUCGCUUUCGUCUUUGUUAUCAAGCUAGUCGUCACCGAAUUUCGUCUUGCAACCUGGAAAUAUGGAAUCCGAAGACCACCAUCACCACGAUGACUCUCCGAAAUCUCCAACCUCCUCCUCCGCCGGUACUUGCAUCAAAUGCGGCGGAUCCACUGCCGUCGCGCCACCUCCAACGAUAUCAUGGUCGGAAAUCUCUCCACCUCCGAUAUACCGUCCUAUUCGCGCUCCUGCCGUGAACCUCCCUGACGCCCAGACGCGACAGCAAACUAUAAUCCUUGCUCCUGUCCCUCAGUCCCGAAAGGUCGACGUUGUAUCUCCUCCUUACGAGUUCCAAGCCCCCUCCAAGAAAAUUCAGUCUCCCGAUGACAUCCGCCGUUUCCUCGAUUUCGAUUCGGGAGAUAAAUUCCUCGGCUUCGUUGUAGCUCUCUCUGAGUCCAUCCGCUGCCACAAACUCUCCGAUCCUUGCCACGAAUCGCCUGUUACCAAAACUAUCGUUUCCAUUCUUCAAACCCUAAUUCAAUGGGUUGACGAGAUCCCUCCCCUCGAACAAAUGGCCCGCUAUGGUAACGUUUCUUAUAGGACCUGGCAUAACCGUCUGGUUGAGAAAAGUGACUCUCUAAUGCUAGAAUUCCUCCCGGACGAUCUCAAAUCGGCAACAAUUGAGAUCGUCCCUUAUUUCACUGACAGUUUCGGAAAUUCGAGCCGGAUUGAUUACGGAACUGGCCACGAGACGAAUUUCGCGGCGUGGCUGUAUUGUUUGGCUAAAAUUGGAAUCAUUAAGGAGGAGGAUUAUCAAGCUGUGGUGGCUAGGGUUUUCGCCAAGUAUCUUGAAUUGAUGAGGAAGUUGCAGUUAGUUUAUAACUUGGAACCGGCGGGUUCUCAUGGUGUGUGGGGGCUUGAUGAUUACCAUUUCUUGCCUUUUAUUUUCGGCUCCUCCCAGUUGAUCGAUCACAAGUAUAUGAAACCCAAGUCCGUUCAUAAUGAUGAUAUUCUGGAGAAUUUCUCUAAUGAGUAUAUGUAUCUCUCAUGCAUUGCCUUCAUAAGGAAGGUGAAGAAGGGCUUGUUUGCGGAGCACUCCCCCUUGUUGGAUGAUGUCAGUGGAGUGCCUAAUUGGAAAAAGGUGAAUAGUGGGAUGCUUAAGAUGUAUAAGGCAGAGGUUUUGGAGAAGGUGCCCAUUAUGCAGCAUUUUCUGUUUGGCUGGCUGAUCGAAUGGAACCAAUAGUUUGUUUGUUCUAUUGAUCAAGCACAACCUAUGGGAACGACUCUCCUCAGCUAUUAUAGGAGCUGGUAACUGGAUUGAAGUAGUGUAUUUUGGUUAUAUCAUUACGUUGAUUGUGCAUCUUUUUGUCUCCUUACCAUGCGAAAUUGCGAUGCAGAUGCAGUUUUGAAGUCGCCGCUAUCUAUUUUGUUUUAAGCAUGUAUUUCUUUUGAUGAUAUUCCUGAAGUAGUCUGCUGAGUUAUUUAAUUGAAGUAGAUGCUAUGACACUGUUAUGUGUGUGAUUGUAGAGCUAAUAUUAGACAAUUCUGUUCAAAAUUUACUGCUGGUUUUGGAUUUAGAAGGUGAUAAGGCAAUUUAGGCUGUCACUUUAUCAGUGUCAAAAAAAGGGCAUGUGAACAAUGUCUCUAAUCUCUCUACCAAUGUGCAAAGA